GAGAGACGCGGGGGGGAGACCGAAGCCGAGGCCGGAGGAGCAUCAGCACCGCCGCCGCCGCCGCCGCCGCCUCCGUCCAUCUUCUGCAAGCCGGCCGGCCGAGCAGGUGCGGCGGCGGAGGGGGUGGCUGGGCAAGCGCAUCGGCGGCGCCUCCGCCAAGAUGUUGGAGAUCCAGCUGGACGAUGGCGGCGUCGGCGGCUACCCGGGGGACGACUACUGCUCGGGCUCGGUGAUGUCGGAGCGCGUCUCGGGCCUGGCCAACAGCAUCUACCGCGAGUUCGAGCGCCUGAUCCGCUGCUACGACGAGGAGGUGGUGAAAGAGCUGAUGCCGCUGGUGGUGACGGUGCUGGAGAACCUCGACUCGGUGCUGACCGACAACCAGGAGCACGAGGUGGAGCUGGAGCUGCUGCGGGAGGACAACGAGCAGCUGCUCACCCAGUACGAGCGGGAGAAGGCGCUGCGCAAGCAGGCCGAGGAGAAAUUUAUUGAAUUUGAAGAUGCACUGGAACAGGAAAAGAAAGAGUUGCAGGUUCAGGUUGAGCACCUGGAAUUUCAAACACGGCAGCUGGAGCUGAAGGCCAAGAACUAUGCCGACCAGAUUUCCCGGUUGGAGGAGCGUGAAUCUGAAAUGAAGAAAGAAUACAAUGCUCUACACCAGCGGCACACAGAGAUGAUCCAGACCUAUGUGGAGCACAUUGAGAGAUCCAAGAUGCAGCAGGUCGCUGGAAAUAGCCAAAACGAGAGUGGUCUGUCUGGGAGAAGUCACCACCCAUCAUGGAGAAAAAGCAUGAAGAGGCGUCCUAAUUCACUGAAUAUUGUCCCCAUAGACGAUGGUCUUUGUCCACCUGAUGAAAUGUCGGAAUCUGGACAGUCCUCUGCAGCCGCCACGCCCAGCACCACAGGAACAAAAUCGAAUACCCCCACAUCCUCGGUGCCCUCGGCUGCUGUGACGCCCCUAAAUGAGAGCCUUCAGUCGAUGAAUGACUACGUCACCUCCAAAAACAACAAACGGUCACGGGAGAAACGGAACAGCAGAAAUAUGGAAGUUCAAGUGGUCCAGGAGACAAGGAACGUGAGCAUAGGAAUGGGAAGCAGUGACGAGGGGUCGGAUUUUCAAGAUAUUGACUCUACUCCAGAGUUGGACAUGUGCCAGGAUCCUAGACUGGAGCGCUCAGGGAACAGCCCAACACAAGGGAUAGUGAAUAAAGCCUUCGGCAUCAAUACUGAUUCCCUGUAUACUGAGCUUACUGAAGUCGGCUCAGAGGCCAUUGGAGACGUGGAUGAAGGAGCAGAUCUGCUAGGGGAAUUUUCAGGAAUGGGCAAAGAAGUGGGGAAUCUCUUGAUGGAGAAUACGCAGCUGCUAGAAACCAAAAAUGCUUUGAAUAUUGUGAAGAAUGACUUAAUUGCAAAAGUGGACCAGCUUACAGGAGAACAGGAGGUGUUGAAAGGAGAGCUGGAAGCAGUGAAGCAGGCGAAAUCCAAAAUGGAAGCCCGUGUCAAGGAACUAGAGGAAGAGCUUAAAAAAGUGAAAUCGGAGGUGAUAGUUGCCCGCCGAGAACCCAAAGAAGAGUUGGAGGAUGUAAGCAGCUAUCUCUGUACAGAAUUGGACAACAUCCCUAUUGCGCAGAGGCGGCGCUUCACCCGUGUGGAGAUGGCUCGCGUUCUGAUGGAGCGCAACCAGUACAAGGAAAGGUUGAUGGAGCUGCAGGAGGCUGUCAGGUGGACAGAGAUGAUCAGAGCCUCCCGGGAACAUCCUUCCGUUCAGGAGAAGAAAAAAUCCACCAUUUGGCAGUUCUUCAGCCGAUUGUUCAGUUCCUCCUCCAGCCCUCCCCCAGCGAAAAGGAGCUACCCAUCAGUGAAUAUCCACUACAAAUCUCCCACAGCAGCUGGGUUAAGCCAGCGUCGCAGCCAUACCUUGUGUCAAAUCUCUGCCGGGAACCGAACUCUUGAGUUUUUCCCAGAUGAUGAUUGCACAUCAACAGCACGUCGUGAGCAGAAGCGAGAGCAAUACCGUCAAGUCCGCGAACACGUCCGGAAUGAUGAUGGCCGCUUACAGGCCUGCGGGUGGAGCCUGCCAGCCAAAUACAAACAGUUGAGUCCCAACGGUGGCCAAGAAGAUAAUCGGAUGAAAAAUGUCCCUGUGCCUGUUUACUGUCGUCCCUUGGUGGAAAAGGACCCAACCAUGAAGUUGUGGUGUGCAGCUGGUGUAAAUUUGACCGGCUGGAAGCCCGGAGUGGAACCAGAUGUUACAAAUGGUCAAAAACCUGAUCCGGGAUGUGAUCCACUUACCUGUGAUCGAGAGGCGGAAGGAGAGAAUACGAAGAGUAAUCACCAAUCUCCAGAAAAGAAAAAGACCAAAGAACUUCAUGAGAUGGAUGCCACAUCCAGUAGAGUCUGGAUCCUCACCAGCACCUUAUCUACUAGCAAAGUGGUUAUCAUUGAUGCCAACCAACCAGGAACGGUGGUGGAUCAUUUCACGGUGUGCAACGCCCACGUCCUUUGCAUCUCCAGCAUUCCAGCGGCCUGUGAUACUGACUACCCUCCUGGAGAAAUAUUUCUAGAAAGGGACUUGAACCCUGAGGAAUCUUCGGGAACAGAUGGAGUCUUAGCAGGCAUCACUUUAGUUGGCUGUGCAACUCGUUGCAAUGUUCCCAACAGCAAUUGCUCCUCCCGUGGAGACACCCCCGUGUUGGAUAAAGGACAAAAUGAAGUGGCUGCCACGAGCAAUGGUAGGAUUGAUCAGUCCCAGUCCACGGAAGAAGCCACCGAAGCCACGGAGGUGCCAGAGAAUGGCGUGAGCGAAAUGGAGCCAGCUCAGGUCCGGACUGGCCCCCUUACAGAACAUGUGUUUACUGACCCAACUCCAGCUCCAGCACCUGCAAGGCAGAACAGCUCCCAGCAGAGCACUAACCGGAUCUGAAUCUGUUUAGCUCCUCAACCCAAAGAAGAUUAUCCAGAGGUUUCCACUGCACUGCCAAAAUAAUCCUGUCUAAUAUUCCUUCCUGCCAGGUUGUAUGUACACUCAGCAGUGUCAAACUGGAAGAAGUGCCUACAUUCCAUCAAGUUGAAGGAUUCAGUACUAAGUUUGGUGCACGUGAAAGGGCGAGUCCUUGUGGCCCUGGCAGAUGGGACCCUUGCCAUAUUCCAUCGGGGAGAAGAUGGUCAGUGGGAUCUCAGCAAUUACCAUCUCAUGGACCUAGGCCACACCCAUCAUUCCAUUCGCUGCAUGGCUGUGGUAUACGACAGAGUGUGGUGUGGCUACAAGAACAAAAUUCAUGUCAUCCAGCCAAAGACAAUGCAGAUCGAGAAGUCCUUUGAUGCUCAUCCACGCCGGGAAAGCCAGAUCCGGCAGCUGGCCUGGAUUGGAGAUGGAGUUUGGGUUUCCAUCCGUCUGGACUCCACUUUACGGCUCUAUCAUGCCCACACUCAUCAACAUCUCCAGGAUGUGGAUAUUGAGCCCUAUGUCAGCAAAAUGUUAGGGACUGGAAAACUGGGUUUCUCCUUUGUGCGAAUCACAGCUUUACUCAUCGCUGGCAAUCGCCUGUGGGUCGGCACGGGCAACGGAGUGGUCAUUUCUAUCCCUUUGACUGAGACGGUAGUCCUUCACCGAGGUCAGCUUCUUGGGCUCAGGGCCAACAAGACCUCGCCAACAUCUGGAGAGGGGAACCGCCCUGGAGGGGUCAUCCAUGUCUACGGUGGAGAUGACAGCAAUGACAAGUCCACCAGUAGCUUCAUCCCCUAUUGUUCUAUGGCGCAAGCCCAGCUCUGUUUCCAUGGACAUCGCGAUGCGGUCAAGUUCUUUGUCUCCGUCCCUGGAAACGUCCUUGCCACGUUGAAUGGGAGUGUUCUGGACAGUCCUUCAGAGAACCCCAGCACAGACACCGUCGAGGAGGAAGGACAGAAGCUGAAAAAUGUCCUCGUGCUAAGUGGGGGUGAAGGAUACAUUGACUUCCGGAUUGGAGAUGGAGAAGACGAUGAGACCGAAGAAAACACGGGCGAUGUUGCCCAGGUGAAGCCUAUUCUCUCCAAGGCUGAACGAAGCCACAUCAUCGUCUGGCAGGUAUCUUAUAUCCCGGAAUGAGCCUCUCUUCUCUUCCUGCCAAUGUAAUUUUCUCCCUUCUACUGACACCCACUUCCCGAAUGCCAAUAUGUACAUAUGGAACUUUUGCAUAAUUCCUACCGCUGGCCUGUCCGAUCCCAGAUAACUACAACUGUUCCUGUGCCAUGCAGUGGCUCCCUCCCUCUCCAGGUUUACAGUGAUGGUCUUGAGCUGGUGGGACUUUCUAGACUGGCUGGGUUACCGCUGGCUUUCCGGCAAGAGGGAAUUUGUGGAUGAAGUUGUUGCACCAGAAGUCGAGACGCGCAAAGGAAGAUCACCCUUGGCUCAGAAGGACUGGACAACUUUCCCCUCCUUCUCUUCCUUCUUUCCUUCUUUCCUACCUGCAUGGAGAAAAGUACCUAUGAACUGCUUAACUGGCUCACUCCCUUUACCAACAUGGAAACCGUGUCGACAGUUGGAUUGGGUCUCCAAGCCAGUAUGAGCGAGAUGUUUUUGAGAGCAAGCAACAUCCCUGUUACCUUUCUCCUUCGCAAUUAUUCUGUGAGGUCCGGGCACGAAUUUAGGAGCGAUCUGAACUUGGCUAACAUGUCUUAAAAUCUGUACCAGGAAGGUUUUCAGGUAUGUUUGGGAAUUAUAGCCACAUGUCAGCAGUUGGCAUUGUAUCUAAAAUAUGGGCUCUGGGCACAGGAUGAGUUCCCAUCGCUAAAUUUAUUUUAAUUGGGCACUGGUGGGUUCACUGUGGUCUAGGCACCACUCUGGUAAACCGUUCUGAGCUCUUGGAAGGAGCAGAAGGAUAGAGUUGCAAUAAAGAUAAUAAGGGUUUACCAGAUGAGCAGGGAGGCUACCUGAAGGUGGGAUUGCCUUCUUGCUACUCUAUACCUGCCUUAUGGCAAAUGGCAUCCUAAAGGAUGAGAAGGCAAGAUACACAUUGAGGAUCUUGUUUACAGCAAGCCAGAAAAACCUGAACUUCUUCCUCCUUGAAAUAUUGCAGUAUUCCAGAACCGUGUUGGAUGGAUAUUUUGGAGGGUAAAAGCCACGUUCAAUGUAUCUGGGGAAACUGCAGGAAUAUAAGUCAGGUGAUCUAUCUCGAAAAGAGAAAAGUCAGGGCAGGAACUAAGAGAAAUGGAAGACAAAUGGGUCAGAGAAUGCAAGAGUGGAAACUGUAGAGAGAUAGGCAAUUGUCCGGGAGAAGGAAGUAGGGAGGAGGGGAAGUGAAGGACAGCUGGAGGUUCCUUCUUAGGCUAGGAGUUGUAGAAGCAGCAACAGAAAUCUGAGAUAGACGAGCCUGAUGAGGUCCAAAAAGGCUGCUAAGGAGAUGAACUUUAUCUUCUAUAAAGAUACAUUAUUUGGAGGUGUUUCAAAGGUUGAUGAGCUUGGUCAGACCCCAGGACCAUCCCAGAUGGGCUUAGUAUCUCUUCUAGCCUUUCCCAACUGGAUGCCUUCCAGCUGGGUCUAUCAAGGCAAUUCCCCCAGUCAGUUAAGGUCAGCUUCUAGGGUCUUCAUCGACACAUCCGUGUUGGUUUCUUCUUCCCCUUUUUCCAACCACAGUCUGGCCUACAACCCUGGGGUUUGUUGAUGGCCUCCUAUGCCAGUCUGACCUGCUUGGCUUUUGGGGAUCAGCCAUGGUUCACCAGGUGCUACAACCUACCUAAACAUAUGAGGACUAUGUUUCCCCAAAACUUAAAUCAAGGGACUUCUAACUUGGCAAGUUUAAGACUUGUGGACUUCAACUCCCAGAAUUCCUGAGCUAACAUAACUGGAGGAGGAAUCCUGGGAGUUGACAUCCACAAGUCUUAAAUAUGUCAAGUUUGAAGACCCCUGCUCUAAAUCCACCUGGCCAAAAGGGAAUUCAGAAAGUUGUACUUCUAACACGAAGGGUAGCAAAUUGAGAAGGUUGAAUAUAGCAUGACAAACCCAUCCAGCCUACGAAAUUGGCUCCGUGAUAAAAAUGAAAGGUUGAUUGAAGCCGCAAUGCUAUUCAUGGCUCAGAAAGUAGGCUGUUCUUAGUUUGAUGGGAUUUGCUUCUGGGUAGUUACAAAGCACUGCGUUUUCCCAAGAGGAGAAUGAACAAACAUAUAUAUAAAGAAAGAGAGACGGUGCUUAGGAUGGGUACUCUACAACGUUUCUUGGCCAUGUUAAGAAAUUUGGAUUUAAAAUCAUGGAGAAUUCUGGGAGUUGAGAUCCACACUUCUUAAAAGUGGCCGAGGUGAAGAAACUCUGCAAAGAAAAAAAAAACUAAACCAAAAAAAAAAAAAAUAGCAAAGGCACGAGAGCAUAUCCUGUUCUUACAUACAUUUGAAACCGAGUUUGUUUCUUUCUUUGUUUUUUAAAGUUUGAUGAAGUCUCCAGCCUCUCUCAUUUUUCCGGCAUUUACUAGUCCUAACCUUGCUUGUUUGCUGCAUCUGCUCCCAAGCCUUUUGCAGUUGGGAGCAUGUUGAAAAGAAGCACACACACGUGUGAAUGGCGUGGAGGAGGAAGAGGAGGAGGAGGAGACAGUGAAGGAGACAGCAUCUAAAGAAUGUGCUCCUUUUUAGGGGCUGUCAGCCAGCCAGGAGGAACGCUGACUGAGGGGCCUCACACACAGAGAGAGAGAAACCUUUCCUGCUGCAAUUCCACUGUGAUGUAUGUAAAGUUGACUUGUAUGUUAUAAAAGGAUUUUUUUAAAAAAAGUUGUCUUGAGGCUGUAAAACUCUGCUGUUUUGUUUGAAGAUGUAAAGAGACGGCUGUAUGAAAACUAAACCUCCCCCGUGCUUUCUCCCUUCCGUGCUACCAAACAAACUGAAAAUCAUAUCUGUUCUGUAUGUAAUAAAAAUGUAUUAUCGUCACGGGUCUGAGAGCAUUGCUGAAACCCCUGAGAAAGAUGGAAGAUUCUCACAUGCAACUUCCAAGGAGGGAGGCCUCCACCUCUUAGUGGAAUACACACCAGUGGGGGGGGGGGGAGAAAGUGACAUUGUUAAGUGUGUAGUCAGAGUUCUACGUGGCUGGUACAUAUUGUGGAAGCGUUAACGCUCUCUAAAGUUACUUGUUUUCUUGGAGACAUCUCAUGACCCAACUAGGUAUCAUCAUCAGUACCAGAAGGGGGUGGGGGUUUUGCUCUUUUUCUAUGUACUGUACUAGUGGCUUUCCCUAUCAGUGUUGGUAGGGGUGUUGUUCUUUCCAUGACAGCUCCUUGGUUAGGCUGUUGUUUACUGUUCGUUUGUCUGAGUUGGUACUUUCCUCACUGCAGUAUUGUUUACUGAUGGAUUUUUGGUUUGAUUUUAACCCUUGUUUUAAUCUUGAUUUAUCUGGGUGUUGAUUGCUGGCAAGGAGGCAUUCUGGUGAAGUAGGUAAACGAAUCAAAGUAAAUAGUAAACAGUUCCAAAGGUUCUUUUAUACAAGAGGCAGCUAGACUUUCUGGUUUUUCUUUGAAGACCCAAGAAGCUUCUUCAGCUUUGACUGGAAGAUGGGGAACGGAAGGAUUUAUAUUCCUUGCAGACAGCUUC